AUGCGCAUUUCGGUCGCCGCGUCGCACGUCGAGCCCAUCGACAUGCGGCUGCACGGCGGCUGGGGCUCGGUCGCCGCCCCUCCGCUCGCCUCGGACGCCGCCCAAGACGACGGCGAGACUCUCUGCUGCGCCGUCUCGGGGGCGGCUGCGGACGGCUCUGGCGAUGUCAUCGCCCUCGUCGACAGUGCCGAACCCUCACCGUCGGUCGAGGCGCGACGCGCGCUCUGCUUCUCCAAGCCGCGCUCGCUGAGCCACGUCGCCGCCGCCCAGCUCCCAAUCCUCGUCCUGACUGCCGCCGCCGCCCUUCACUCGGUCGGCCUCCCGCCGGGCACGCCUUCCAUCAGCAUGCGUCGCGGCCCUGGCGAUGUCAUCGCCCUCGUCGAGAGCGCCGGGCCCUCCUCUUUAGAUCAAAUUGCGUAA